AUGGAGCUGAGCGGCGGCGGCAGCAGCAGAGCCGAUGGUGCAGUCGCGGAGGAGCAGCGGCGUGGACUGUUCCGCGGUGCCGCUGCAGCUGCUGUCGACCGCACUGGAGACCCGGCGCACGAACAUCAAAACUCUGCGAGUCACGACAGCCGCGAUGAGCCGGACAGGUCUGGGUUGGCCGGCAGCAGCAGCAGCAGCAGCGCCCUCGUCGGUGCCGGCGACGCCCGCAACGUUGCGGCCAGCAACAUCUCUAUCUUCCUGCGCGUGCGACCGGUCGCGCGGCCGUCCCCUCGGCUGCUGCUAGAUGCGGCCGACGGCAGUGUCGAGUUCAACAUUCCAAAGGACGCUGUCGCGGGGCCGGUCAACAACUCGCGCGAGCGGUUCCGCUUCCAGUUUGACGGCGUGCUGCUGCCGGAUGCAAAGCAGGACGAGGUGUUCGAGCGCACCGCGCGGCCCCUGGUCGGCGCCGCCCUCGAGGGGUACAACGCGACCCUGUUUGCAUACGGCCAGACGGGCAGCGGCAAGACCUUCACCAUCACCGGCGGCGCGGAGCGCUACGCCGACCGCGGCGUCAUCCCCAGGGCGCUCAGCGCAAUGUACGCAGAGAUAGCACAGCGGGCCGACUUUGAGUACCAGGUGCUGGUGUCGUACCUCGAAAUCUACAACGAGGUCACGAUCCAGGAAGACGAGGAGGGGCGCAUCCACCUUCGCAACCUGUCCACCCACCGGGCCGCGUCUGAGGAGGAGGCGCUCAACCUGUUGUUCCUGGGGGACACCAACCGCACCAUCAGCGAGACCCCCAUGAACCAGGCGUCGUCGCGCUCCCACUGCGUCUUCACGGUAUCCCUCGAGGCGCGGCGGCGGGGCGGCGGCGGCGGCGGCGCGCUCGACGCGCGUGUGCGGCGGUCAAAGCUCAACUUGGUGGACCUGGCGGGGUCUGAGAGGGUGGGCAAGACUGGGUCAGAGGGGGCGGUCCUGAAGGAGGCAAGGUACAUCAACCUGUCCCUGCACUACCUGGAGCAGGUCAUUGUUGCGCUGCAGGAGAUGAGCGCCGGCAUAGGCAGGGUUCAUGUGCCGUACCGCAACUCCCUCAUGACCAUGGUGUUGCGCGACUCGCUGGGCGGCAACUGCCGCACACUCGACGAGUCCAUCAGCACGUGCCGCUUCGCGCAGCGCGUGGCCAUGGUGACUAAUGAGCUGCGCGUCAACGAGGAGCUCGACCCCGCCGCCAUUAUACGGCGCCUGAAGCAGGAGAUCCGCGACCUCAAGGACGAGCUCCACCUGCUGAGGGGCGGCCCCGAGCGCGGCCCCCUCACGCCGGACGAGCUGGCGCGCCUGGAGGCGCAGGUGGCGGCCUUCUGCGCGGACGGCGGCGAGGGCACGGCCCUCGCGGCGGGGGGAGAUCUGAUGACGAUCCGCGCGUGCUUUGACAUCCUGCGGAGGUUUGUGCGGCAGGGCAGCACGCCCGCGCCGGGCGGCCCUGCACCGGCCGAUGCGCCACCCAAUGGACCGGGAGGCGCGCAAGCCCCGGUCAAACCCACAGGCGCUUCUUUGACUGGCGGUACGAGCGACGCCGGUGCUGCCGCAGGGCGGCUGGGGGGCCGGGCGGAGCCGGGCGAUGACGUCAGCGACGACCUGCGCUCGCAGCUGCGCAAGCUGCGGCUGCAGGUGCAGCAGAGGGACAGCGAGAUAGCGCUCCUGGUGGGCGUGCGCCACCAGGCCGCGGGCGGGCGGCCGGCGCUGCAGCUGCCUGGCGCGCAGCCUGGCUGCGGGGGCGGCGGUAGCCCGGGGAAGGGAGCCGUGGCGGGCGGCCAAGACAGUGAGAGCUCUAGCGACCAGGUGCAGACCGGAGACCAGCAGCAUCAGCAGCAGCAGGCACGCCAUGGGGGCGGCUGCGAGGUGCUGUCUGCGCUGCUGGACGUGCACCUGCUGUCUGACAGGAACAAGGCCUUUGAAGCUUUCAGGAAGAGCUACAAACACAACGAGGCCAUAGAGGAGAAUAAGUGCCUCCUGAAAGCAAAGUACGACGAGGCGAAGGCCAUGGGCGCGGCCGUCAACGCGGCAAAGGCGCGCAUCGGGCAGCUGCGCGCCGAGCUGGAGCAGCGGCGCAUGCAGCGCUCCGCGGCAUGUGUUGCUGGCGGCCGCGACCCGGCCGUCGAGCUGGCGGCGCCCGACCCAGAGGAGGAGCGCUGCAAAGGGGGCAUAGAAACGGAGCGCGCCGCUUACACCUCCGCGUUUGACCGGCUGCGGCAGCUCAAGGGGGAGGUGCAGCACCUGCAGAACCUGCUGGAGGGGAGCCGGCUGCGCCUGCAGAGGGACUUUCAGCAGUGGGUGGAGCUCAUGGCGCGCUCCGCCCAGCAGCAGCAGCAGCAGCAGCAGCAGCAGCAGCAGCAGCAGCAGCAGCAGCAGCAGCAGCAGCAGCAGCAGCAGCAGCAGCAGCUGCUGCAGCCGCAGAAACAAUCAGGCCAGCAGCAGCAGGCUUCGGCUUGGCAGCCGCAGGAGGGCCCGAUGAUUCUAAUGUCCAGCAGCUGCGGCCCGCAGAUCCUGCCUGAGUCAAGCUGGGGCAAGGAGCCCGCCGUCGAUCAGCGUCCUCAGCAGCAGCAACCGCAACAGCAACGCCGAUUGGUGCCGUCGCAGCAGCAGCAGCAGCAGCCGCAGCCGCAGCAGCAGCGGCAGCAGCAGCAGCAGCAGGAGGAAUGCAGCCCUGGAAAGCUGUUGCUCCAGGAUCUGAUGACGUCAGUGGGCGCGUCGGUCCUGGCUGCCGCCAAGCCGCACCUCACUGGCAAUGCGGCGGCGGACUGCGACAUCAUCAGGUUUUACGAGGCCAGGGACAAGCUGCUGAGAAAGCUAGGGACCGGCACAGGGUAG